AUGGAUGUAAGCGAUAUCAUUAGAGACGAGGAUCUGGAAGCACCAGCGCAAGCAGCAGCACCACCAGCAACAGGUUCAUCAAACCCCGCUGCAGCAGCUGUUGGCAAGCAGAAGCAGAAGCAAGAAGCUACAGCUGGAAUCAAGCGUGGUGCGCAGGAUCUAAUGGCUGAGAUGCUGCCAAGUGGCACCAGUCGGGGGUCGAGAAACAUGCUGAAGCGGAAGGCAAAGAGCAUGAGCAGGGACGGGGGGAAGAGAGGAGGGGCACAUGGUGGGGGGUGGGGGAGGUGGAUGAGGAUGAGGAUGGAGGGGAAGGGGAGCGGGAGGCAGGAAAAAGAUGCGGACAAAGAGUGUGGUUCAGAUGGGAAGGAGGACAAUAAGUGUGGGAGAGUCCGCGUCUGGGGGCAAGCUUGCUGCUACUGCUGGGGUUGUGUGAAGGAGGAGGCAGGAGAAGGGGGCGGGAAGGGGGGGGAGGAUAACCGAGCUGAACGAUCCGGAUUUGACUUGAACGAGUUGCUGGUCUGUAAAGUGGAGGACACUGAAGCGAGUGUGACGAAUCAAGAGGGCGUCAUUAACCAAAAUUCUGGAGGGAGGGCGCGUAUGGGCUUGGACUUACAUCUCUCUGACGGCAUGCAAUCAGAAGAGAUGGGAGAGGGGGUGGUACGAAAUUUGGGGAAUGAAAAGAGUAUUGAGGGGAUUAAGGUAGAAGCCAACACGGAUGAGGCUGAAGAGAAGAGCAAGCGUGAGGGAAGUGAGAAAGCUGUGGGAAAGGGGUUGGACUUGAACAUGGAAGUUUCCGAGGAAGCAAAUGAGGGGAAACAUGUGGAUGGGGGGGAAGUGGCUGAGGAGAAGAAUGGAGAAGAGAAGGAGAGUGCGCUGGUGGUGGCACAACGUGUGAGGGCGGCGGAGAAAGGUGCAACGGCGACGAUGGAAUCUGCAAGGAAGGCACAGUUAGCUAUAGAAGCUGCCAGGAAGGCACAGGCGGAUAAUGAGCUGUUUUUGGAGGACUGUGCCAUUCGGCUGCUGUGCAUCUUCGCUUUGGACAGUGUGGUAGGCGCCAGUGCGGGACAGGUACGUGUGGACAGGCGCUUGAGUGGUGCUCAAAUACCUGCCCUCCAGGGCUGUUGCACGCACACACUUGAUGUGCUGCUGCAAAUGCAG